AUGUCAGACUCUGAAGAGGUUGUUGAAGAAUGCGAGCAGGAGCAGGAAGAGGAGUACGUGGAGGAAGAAGAGGAAGAAUGGCUGGAGGAAGAAGAGGGUCAGGAAGAACAGGUAGAGGAGGCAGAGGAGGAGACUGAAGAAACCAAGGCAGAAGAACAAGAAGAUGAACCGAAAGCACCAGGAGAAGGUGGAGAGGGGGACCGAGAGCAGGAGCCUGGGGAAGGUGAAGUGAAGCCAAAGCCCAAGGUCUUCAUGCCAAACCUGGUGCCUCCCAAGAUCCCAGAUGGAGAGAGGCUGGAUUUUGAUGACAUCCACCGCAAGCGCAUGGAGAAGGACCUGAACGAGCUGCAGGCCCUCAUUGAAGCCCAUUUUGAGAGCAGGAAGAAGGAGGAAGAGGAGCUCAUGUCCCUCAAGGACAGGAUUGAAAAGCGUCGAGCGGAGAGGGCAGAGCAGCAGCGGAUCCGCAGCGAGAGGGAGAAGGAGCGGCAGGCACGCAUGGCUGAAGAGAGAGCUCGCAAAGAGGAGGAGGAGGCGCGGAAGAAAGCGGAGGAGGAGGCACGGAAGAAGAAAGCUUUCUCCAACAUGCUGCACUUUGGAGGCUACAUGCAGAAGUCAGAGAAAAAGGGUGGGAAGAGGCAAACAGAGCGGGAGAAGAAGAAGAAGAUCCUGAGCGAGCGGAGGAAGCCUCUGAACAUCGACCACCUGAGUGAAGAUAAACUGAGGGACAAGGCCAAGGAGCUUUGGCAAACCGUCCGAGACCUGGAGGCUGAGAAGUUCGACCUGCAGGAAAAGUUCAAGCGGCAGAAAUAUGAGAUCAAUGUCCUCCGAAACCGUGUCAGUGACCACCAGAAAGUCAAAGGGUCAAAGGCUGCCCGUGGGAAGACCAUGGUGGGUGGGCGGUGGAAGUAG